GUGAGCGGGCGUGUGUGCGUGUGUGUAUGUGUGCGUGCGUGUGUGUAUGAGAGAGAGAGAGAGAGAGAGAGAGAAUCGUGUGCGUUCGUACGCGCAAAAGCUGGUUACUCCCCCACUCGCUAACUUGUUGAGCCUCUCUCACGGGCCAAGCGUGCUGUGGCCCGGGUUUGUCGUGUCGUUUAGAGCUGUGCGCGCGAAAACGUUCCUUCCUUUAAUGUCAGAAAGAAAAACUAUAAAGAACUAGAAAGAAAGACAGAGAGAAAGAGAGAAAGAGAGACAGAGAGAGAGAGAGAGAGAGAGACACGUAUAAAAAAUAUCAAAAGAAUAUUUCAAGUGAUACAAAAUGAAAGCGAUCGGUUCGUCGUUGAUAUUAGCGCAAUUGGUGCUUGCAUUAAGUUCUAAGAGUCUUGGAUUUGGUCGUCCCGAUGUUCUCGGACAACGCAACGACGUCCACGAGGAUCCGUUGGUAGUCGAAACGACGAGCGGUCUCGUACGCGGAUUCAGUCGUAAAAUUGAGAAUCGUGAUGUUCACAUAUUUUAUGGUAUACCAUUCGCUAAGCCACCGAUUGGUCCAUUACGUUUUCGUAAACCGUUACCUAUUGAACCUUGGCACGGUAUAUUAAAUGCAACAAUCCUACCAAAUAGUUGUUAUCAAGAAAGAUACGAGUACUUUCCCGGUUUCGAAGGCGAAGAAAUGUGGAAUCCUAACACCAAUAUAUCCGAGGAUUGUCUAUACUUGAACAUCUGGGUACCCCAGAGAGUAAAGUUGAGGCAUAAGGGUUCGGAGCCGCCUGACAGCCCGGAGAGAAACGGCUUGCCGAUACUCGUUUGGAUUUAUGGGGGUGGAUUCAUGACUGGUACCGCUACUCUAGAUGUUUACGAUGCCGAUAUAAUGGCUUCUACGAGUAAUGUUAUCAUAGCCUCGAUGCAGUACCGUGUUGGCGCAUUCGGUUUCUUAUAUUUGAACAAACAUUUUGGAAGUAACAGCGAAGAGGCACCUGGAAAUAUGGGAUUAUGGGAUCAAGCGUUGGCUCUUAGGUGGCUUCGCGAUAAUGCCGCUGCCUUUGGCGGUGAUCCCGAUUUGAUAACGAUUUUUGGUGAAUCUGCUGGUGGUAGUUCUGCCAGUCUUCAUCUCAUUUCACCGGUAACUCGUGGUCUCGUACGUCGCGGUAUACUUCAAAGUGGCACCCUAAACGCACCCUGGAGCUAUAUGACCGGGGAAAAAGCUCACGAAGUUGCACGAAUCCUCGUUGACGAUUGCGGUUGCAAUUCAACCAUGCUUCAAGAGAAUCCAACUCGCGUUAUGCUAUGCAUGAGAUCUGUCGACGCUAAAACUAUAUCCGUACAACAGUGGAACAGUUAUUGGGGUAUUCUCGGAUUCCCAUCCGCUCCGACGAUCGACGGUGUUUUCUUGCCUAAACAUCCGCUUGAUCUUUUACGGGAAUCUGACUUCAAGGACACCGAGAUUAUCAUUGGAAAUAAUGAGAAUGAAGGAACGUACUUCAUUCUGUACGACUUCAUCGAUUUCUUUGACAAGGACACGGCAAGCUUUUUAGAGCGUGACAAAUUCGUUGGCAUUAUCGAUACUAUCUUCAAAAACAUGUCGCAGAUCGAGCGUGACGCCAUCAAAUUUCAAUACACAGAUUGGGAAAAGGUGAAGGAUGGUUAUGUCAAUCAGAGGAUGGUAGCAGACGUUGUUGGUGAUUAUUUCUUCAUAUGUCCAUCGAUACAUUUUGCACAAUUGUUUGCUGAUCGUGGAAUGAAGGUCUACUAUUACUUUUUCACACAGAGGACAAGUACCAAUCUCUGGGGUGAAUGGAUGGGCGUGAUGCACGGGGAUGAGAUCGAAUACGUAUUUGGAAAUCCUUUGAAUAUGUCCUUGAAGUAUAGCGAAAACGAGAGGGACCUUUCCGUUAGAAUGAUCAAGGUUUUCUCCCAAUUCGCAACCGAUGGAAAACCAACGGAAGAUGAGAAAGUAUGGCCGCCAUAUACGAGAGAUCGACCAGUAUAUUUCAUUUUUAACGCUGAGAAAAAAGGGCUCGGUGAAGGACUGCGCACGACGUCAUGCGCCUUUUGGAACGAGUUUCUACCGCGACUCAAAGGAGUACCCGAUCCAGUACCGGAAGCUUGCAACAGUGUGAUAGCUUCAAGCGUAUCCGCUAGUGGAACUGAUCGACUUAUUUAUCGAACGAAUCAACAAGAUAUUCUACUUUUAUCAAUGGCCACAGUUACGUCCAUCUGGACGAUUAUACUUUUACGAGUAGCGAAUGGUUAAACUGAUUAUUACUAAUUUUCUUAUCAUCAAACUCUUCUAAAAUCUCUCUCUUCUUACUAUUAGCUCACAAAGUUUUAUUACAAUUGAUAUCAAUUAUUUUCUUAUUUUUUUUUCUUUAUAUUAAUUUUUUUU